AUGGCCUCCACGCCGCCGCUGUCUCCGACACCGCGGCGGUGGAGCCCAGCCAACAAGCCGUCGCCGGUCGUACAGACGCUGACGGCACUCGCGGACAAUCCCGACUCAUCACUCUUGUCCCCAGCACGCUCCUCUUCCUCCGUCCCCCAAAUUACAACCACCUCGCCCUCGCCCCAGCGCCAAGCGCCUGACGCCAUAACGCCACAGUACACGGGCGGCACACUGGUUACGCUAGACGCGCGUUAUGACGACCUGUUUGCACGGCUCGACGCACUCGCGGCGCCGUCGAUCGUUGACUCGCCCACGCCUAGCGGCCCAGCGCGCCAGCUCAUAUCUUCCCCCGCCACAUCACCCCCUCACUCACCCAACAUCCGAUCCCCUAUUGCUUCCCCUGCCCUUCCGCCUGUGCAGCAGAGAAUGCCCGCCCAGCAUGGCUUACAUGGCCUCGGCAUCUCGAUUCGCAAUGGCCCGCGAACACCCGACAUUCUCGAUACACUCACAGAACACACCGAGCCUUCCUCUAGUGAAUCAGGUCGCAGUUCGGGACCUACAAGGUCCAAGCCGCAGGAACCGCCUUCGCCGUCCAGUCCCGUCAAGCGUGGCGGUGGUAAGGGCGUCAAGAGCCUGCGUGACUUCUUUGAGGAUAAAAAGGCGGACACCCAACUGCCACUUUCGUACAGAGGCUCGCCCGAGAAACGCGGUCUGCCGACGCCUGCAAACUCGAGCUCACCCGUCAAACCCACCGCUACGGUGCCCGCUCCGGCCUCUCCAGCCACCCCGGCCGUUCCUCCCCCUUCCACCCGGCUCUUCUCCCCUCCGUCCCCCAAGCCCAAGCCCCUCUCACCUUCGCAGGUGCGGCGUCCGUCGCCGCCACGUCAAGAGCCGAGCACGCAGCCCUCGCCGUCAAACUUUAGAAACAUCAUAGCCUCAUGGAGCGCGAUGACUGUAACAGAGACGGCAGAUGAGCCGCAGAGUCUGCGCCGCGACCGCGCAACCAACUUCAGCCUCCGUCGGCGGCGGCGGAACGACAGUAUCUCAAGCCUGGCCGAGAUUGCAUCAGACAGGGGCAGCUCCAAGUCACCUUCGCCCACUACGACAGACAAGCUCUCACCCGACGACGUGCCUCGCGUCCCGUCUCCCGCGCCGUCGACGCGCGUCAAGUCGGUGUCAAAGCCUGUCACAGGUUUGCCACUGCUCGUCGGUACAGUGUACUUCUUCAACGUUUACGACCCGAUCGACCCAGAGAAGUACUCAUGGGUGCAGACCGAUGCGCGGCUGUAUGUCGAUGGGCUGCAACUUAACUGGCGUACGCUUGAGGGCAUCCAGGCCCAGGUGACGCUUGAUCUUGAGUUCUGCGAGGAGAUCCAGUCCAUGUACUGCCCGACGCAUCCCGAGGCCACGGACAUCAGUGCUGUGGCCGCGCGCAAGCAGGGCAUCGCCGCGAUCCUCUAUCCGCUCAAGGUCGUGUACGACGACGGUAACGAGCGUAUCGCCUUCGACUCGGCUCGCGAGCGAGCCUCGUGGUCGGGCGCAGUGUGGAGGGUCCUUGAGCAGCGGCUCGCGAUUGUGCGUGCACCGUCCGUGGUCAGCAACCGUUCCGGCUCGGGUUCAGGUUCUACUAGAUACAGCAAGGGCGGUACACCACCCACCGCACACCAGACGACCGACGAUGCCGUGGUUAGCACCGCUGGCGGCUUCAUCGCAUCGCUCACGUCUCGCGACUCUCGGCGAUUGGCAGCUGGGGGUGUGAAGCGGCGCUCGCUACGCCGUGUCGCCAGCGACAUUGACCUGCGCGAGCUCGCUGACGGAACGCCCGAGAUGCUGACUCCCGCGGUCGCCAAGCAACCGGCCAGCAGAGACUUUGUGUUCGCAAGAGGCAUCCCGCCGCCGCCGCUGUCUCCGCAGGCGUCGACCCUCGCCCCAAGCAUCUUUGGUACGGCACUGACCCGCUCCCCGGCCUCGCGCAGUCGCUCCCGAACGAGCUCUUCGCGCGGACGCUACUCGCCCUCGAUGAGCGGCGACAGCUACCUCACGCCAGCGUCAGGCUCGCCCCGCAUCUCACGUGAUCGUACGCGUCCAUCCUCUCCAAUCGCACAAAGCGAGCGCUCGAUCUCUUCCCUCGCCUCGGCCGUCACCGCACCCGUGACCGUCCCACUCCCCAGCGAGCCGUCCACUCCUCGCCGUCGCUCGCCCGUCUCGAUCGAGAAGACUGGAUCCACGGGAACAGGCUCCGGCACAGUCGUUCCCCGUGAGCGGCAGGGCUCGGACGAUACCCGCCGGUACGUGCUGUACGACCGGCCGAUGGACGAGGUCGACGUCCAGCGCAACAGCAGUCUCCACCACGCCCAGGGCUACGCUCAGGCAAGCUCGUACGGCACCGCCCAGCCUCCAAGUAGCUUCGGCAGCGCACCAUCUGACAGCGGGUAUGGCACCGCCCAGCCUCCGAGCAGCUUUGGUACUGCUCCUCCGCCAAGCAGCUUUGGGACCGCGCCAGGCAGCCAAUAUGGCUCGGUCCCUCCAUCCAGCUCAUUCGGAACUGCUCCUCCACCAAGCAGCUUUGGUACUGCUCCUCCGCCAAGCAGCUUUGGUACUGCUCCUCCGCCAAGCAGCUUUGGUACUGCUCCUCCGCCAAGCAGCUUUGGUACUGCUCCUCCGCCAAGCAGCUUUGGUACUGCCCCUCCGUCAAGCAGCUUCGGAACUGCCCAGGCGCCAAGCUCUUUCGGCACUGCCAAGGCCUCGAGUUCGUUCGGCACUGCGCCCCCAGGGAGGGAGUACGGCACGGUCGGUGCGCCGAGCACCUUCGGAACAGCAGUUCCUCCCAGCAGCUUCGGGACUGCUCAUCCGGGUAGUCAAUACGGCUCCGCACAGGCGCCGAGCUCGUUCGGGUCGGCGCCUCCGUCCAGCAGCUUCGGCACAGCGCAAUCACCAAGCUCGUUUGGAACGGCGCAACCACCCAGCUCCUACGGAACAGCCCAGCCACCCAGCUCGUUUGGAACCGCACAACCGACCAGCUCGUUUGGCACCGCCCAGCCACCCAGCCCCAGCUCGUUCGGCACAGCUCAUCCUCUUAGCUCGUUCGGCUCGGCGCAGGCACCCAGUUCCUUCGGAACCGCCGUCCCGCCAACUAACCUCGGGACUGCGCCACCAGUGAGCAGCUAUGGCUCCGCACCUGUGCCCAGCUCCUUUGGUGCUGCUGUACCUAGUACGGCGUACGGGAGCGCUCAAGUCCCCAGCACCUUCGGCACGGCCAGGCAGGGAAGCACGUACGGAAACGCGCCAGCGCCGACGAGCACACACAUGACCGCGCCGCAAGGCAGCAUGUACGGCAGCGCUCCCCUUCCACCCAGCUCAGCCGAGACUGCACAGCAGGGGAGCACGUACGGCAGCGCGCCUCCGCCCCCAAGCACCCUCAUGACUGCUCAGCAAGGGAGCGUCUACGAUUCGCCCCGUGUGCCCACCUCCUUCGCGGACCCUGCCAGCCACUACGGUUCUGCACCAGCCCCCAGCUCGUUUGGCACGCCGCAGGCCAGCACGCAAGUAGCGACGGUACCCACUGCAUCGAUUACGGAGCUCACAGCUCAGCCGCCGUCAACGCCCUCAACCUCGUCGAAGAGCUCCACCUCAAAGAGUUCCUGUUCAAAGAGUUCGACUUCCAAAAGCUCGAGUUCGAGCUCUAGCUCUCCGAGUUCCAGCUCGAGCUCGAGCUCCAGUUCGUCUGGCGCGACACCGACUGCCGCACCACCGCAGAGCAAUUACACGACGGCGACGCCGGCGCCUACCACGACUGUCUUCGCGUCAGACGCAUCGCCCACUCCAGUUGCAACCCGGUUCGGCACAGUAACGGAAUUGUCGAGCUACGCUUCUGGUCCGCCGCCUACGCCGGCUGCAACUCGGUUCGGCACGGCAACUGAGCUGUCGAGCUACGUCUCUGGCCCGGCGCCUACAGCGACGGCAACGCGGUAUGGCACUGCAAGCGAGCCUUCGUCUUUCGGGACCCCGGAAAUGUCCUCCUCGAGCUCCAGCUACAACACCGCGUCACCAAUCGGGAACCCUCGAGACAUCACGCGCGCGACUACGCCCGUCAGCGAGCCAGACGUCGACUUUGCGAUGCUCGCCGAGCUUGAGCGCCUUUCGUCUGUUGGCUCUACGGCUUCGUCGCGCGCUUCUACCCGGAUACCCCGCGCACGGAGCAGUGUGUACGGCACAGCCAACGAGGUGUCCUCGUACGGCACGGCUACAACGGCCGCCUACACAGUCGUGAGCGACGGGAGAACAAACGAGAACUUCGCAACGGCCAGCUCGAUGCCGUCUCUCGUCACGGGCCGCGCGCCCACGAGCGUCCAGUCCAGCUGGGAGCCCACGCUCGCUGAGACGGUCGGUUCGCCGCCUUCUAGCAUGCGGGCCCCGCCUAGCUCAACAUGGGGCCCGACGCUACCAGAGACGGUGGGAUCGCCGCCCCUCUCGAUGGGACGUCUACGCGCCGCACCGUCAACUCACAUGUCGACCAUACCCGAGAUGGUCGGGAGCGCACCCGCGUCUAUGCGUGCACCGCCGGCCUCGAGCUGGGUGCCAACCGCCGUCGAGAGUAUGGGUAGUCCCCCGCUCUCAAUGCGUGUGCCGCCGGCUUCGAGCUGGGUACCGACCGUCGUUGAGAGUAUGGGCAGCCCGCCGCUCUCAAUGCGAGCGCCACCGCCGUCGACCUACGUCUCCACCAUCCCAGAAAGUGUCGGAUCGCCGCCCCUCGGAAUGCGCGCAGCGCCAUCCACUCAUGUCUCGUCGAUAAUCGAGAGCCUGGGCUCUGUGCCGCGCUCUAUGCGCGCACCUCCUCCGUCUACCCAUGUAUCUACGAUUGCCGAGAGUGUCGGCUCGUCUCCUCUCUCCAUGCGCGCGCCAGCCCCCUCAACACAUGUCUCGACGAUCGCCGAGACCGUUGGCACUGCGCCACUGUCUAUGCGUGCUCCUCCGGCCUCGACCCAUAUGUCUACCGUCGCUGAGAGCGUUGGUUCCACACCACAGUCCAUGCGUUCUUCGCCUGCUUCCACGCAUGCAGCGACCGUCCCAGAGAGCGUCGGCUCGUCUCCGGCUUCCAUGCGCGCUUUACCUGCCUCGACUAUGCAGCGGACGGAGAUUGAGUCUCUGGGCGCCGCUCCGGCUUCCAUGCGUGGCCCUCCUCCAUCGACUACCACCGCCUACGUUCCAGAAUCUCUCGGCGCCCCUCCCUCAGUGCGCGCCCGCGCUGCUCCAAGCAUCUCCACGGCCCAAUCUCUAGCUGGAUCCACCAAACCUCCAAGCCUCACCACCACUGCUACAGAGAGCUCGAGCUAUCUGACGCCGCAGCAGCAGAGCAUCUCGACUGCACAGUCACUCGCUGGCUCGACCCCGCGCAUCCACCGGAAGCCAGUUCCGCAAGUCGACCGAGCCCUUCCACCAGACGACCCGACUCCACCUUCGACCCACAUCUCGUCGUCAUGCCCUUCGUCUGCUACACCCGCCCCGUCGAGCACGACGGCUGCGCCAGACUACAACAUGCUCCGUCUCAUCAACUACCUCCAGGGCCAGGAGCAGGUGCGGCAGGGACAGACUACGCGUAUCGAGGGCCAGCUUGAGCGCAUCGAGGCCAAGGUGGGUAAGCUCGACAGGCUCGAUAAGUUGGACAGCCUCGACAAGCUCGAUAAGUUGGACAAGCUCGAUCGCUUGUCCCAUAUCGAGGAAAGGCUCAUGACACUCGACAGGGGCACCGAUAAGGCCAACGAUACCGAUAGAGGAUUCAACCCGGGCUUCGAUACUGGCAUUGACAACGUCCCGCCCCCUGUGCCUUCCAAGGAUGGGCAUAGAACAUUUCUGGCAUUCGGAGGAGGAUCUUCUAGGCCCAGUCCCAGCUCAGACUCUAGUUCGGACUCGAGCUCUGAUACGAGCUCUGAUACAUCCUCUGAGGCAAGCGUUGAGACAGCGCGCCCGGUGACCCCUCCGCCGCUGGUACUUCCCGCCGCUUUCUCCCAGCGCAUGGACGACAUUUCGACUCUGCUUGGAGCCGUCCUUGGCCAGCAAAAUGACAUUAUUGACGAGCUCCGCCAGCGUCGUACAUAUGAGGUCGAGAUCGACUCGAGCCGUCACAUCACCCUCCCGCGUAUCGAGGACUUGCUGCGCACUAUCCUUGAGCGCGUCGAGGAUGGUGACUACAGCAGCUACGUUACAGGCCAGACAAAGGCGCCAGCACCACGUAAGCGUCGUGCUAGCGACCCUGCAACCGAGAUCGACACUGGCGAGAGUCCAUGGUACGCCCGUGCAGGCACAUUCAUCUCGGACGCUAGCGGUCUCCGCGUCCCGCCUAACAGCGAAGUAGGCGCCCCACGGACGCCGUUUCUCACGGAGUCGCUGCUGAACGAGGGAGUGGGCUCGCCUGACUUUGAUGACGAGUACGCCCUCAACAACCUCCCACCGUCGCACCCUCCGAGUGAGCCCCACAUUCCCCAUGCUGAGGCACCCCACUUCUAUCCCCGCAAUCAAGCACCUCCGCAGGGGUACGAAGGAGAGUAUGAGGGCGAAUACGAGGGCGAAUACGAGUACGCCGAAGAGUACUACGAAGACCAACCUGACACGGAACGCAGACCGCUGCGCCCCGUGCCUUUCGGUGAGGUUCAUGGGGAGCGGGAGGAACAGUACGAGGACGCGAUGUCUGAGGAGACGCAUCAAAGGCCGUUCAACCGUGGCCCGACGCCGCGGAGCCUCCACCUUCCCACCCCCGUAAUCGAGCCUCGGCGCCUGUCUCGUAAGCGCACCACUCUGAACCCCGGUCCAGGUCAUGUUCCUGCCGUCCAACCAGGUCACCAGCCGGGUCCUCACCCCGGUCCUGGUUACCUUCCUCCUCCCGCUUCUGGUCCUGGUCUUUCUGCUCGCUGGCGCCCUAACCGUCGUGGUCCCCCCAUGACGCGCAGCUACUUCCGUCCUGGCUUGCCGCCACCUGGUCCUACGUUCCCUCUUACUGGUCCUCCGAUGGCCCCUGUUCCACCCAUGGUUCUCGGUUUCCAGCCCAUCUUCCCCGGUCCUGUUCCUCCUGUUGUCGCUCCCGGUUUCACCUACCGCACUUUACGUCCUGAUCACGGCUUAGGCAACACGACAAGUGGCACCAGUGCCUCCGAGUCGAGCUCGAGUCCGAGUUCGAGUUCGAGUUCUAGUUCAACGGGCACGGCCACCGACUCGCGAUCUACCACGUCCAAGGUCACUUCGAAGAGCAGCAGCAAGGCGACGACCGUCCCGAGCGAGCCUGCGACGCCAGCUGUUCCACCGCCGUCUGUCCCGCCUACCCCUACUCCUGGGGCUGGAAACAUCACAAUCAACGUCCACCCGCCAACUGCUUCUGCUGCCUCAUCAUCCUCUUCCUCAUCCUCUUCCAUUUACCAGUCCCCUGUGCUGUCUGUCCCACCUGCUCCCUCUUCGUUCCCCGGUACACCGACCCCGAUCCCCUCCGUCCUGCCAUCCACUAUCGCCUCGUCCACGUCUCCGCCGUCGACAAUUUUACCCAGCUCGUCGAUUUCUUCUGUGGGCCAGUCCAACGACUUCCACUGGCAGAUGCACCGCAUGCGCGAAGCGCAGGGCGAGCAGCAGAAUGACAUGGCUCGUUAUCUCCACGGCAUGAGCGACCAGAUCAAGGAUAUGGGCGACGCCGUCAACCAGGAGCUCAAGGGCGUCCUCGAACAGAUCAGCCAGAUGCGCUUCGAGGGUCGCCUUGAGCGCGUUAGCGCGCGUGUCCUCGCCGACGGAACUGUGCAACUCGUCUCGGGCGAGAUUGUCGACGGUGUCCGGGGUGCGCCUACUGCUGAUGCACCCGCCGCUGUCUCGCCUGCUGGAUGUCACGUUGAGGGCCGCGUUCUCCCUGAUGGAACCGUCAUGGUUGGCGAGAAAGUCAUCAUCGGUGUCCAAGGUCUUCCGCGUGCUGCUGCAACUGCCGAGGAACAAGCUGAGGAGGCCGCGCGCGAGCGUGAGCGCGCCGCCGAUGCACGUCUUCGCGCCGUGGAGGAAAAGAUUGCUCAGCUCCUCGGCGUAAAGACGCCCAGGGAGGACCACGUCUCACUGCACGAGGAAGCGACAUCGUCAUCGGCUUCAACCCACAACGCUUCGGAAAAGACUACGGAAAAGACCAUGGAGAGGACGGAAACGAUCACUGAGACGACGGAGAAGACUACAAUCAACCCACGCACGGGCCGCCCGCUCUCGAUUCCGGCGCCGCUCCAGCCGAAGACGGGUACCGUGGUCUCGGAGACCAUUGAGGAGAUCACGCGGAUAUCUGGCCAGGGACCGGGUACGCAUUCGGUUACUCAUACGACUGAGUUCACUCCCAACCCGCCUCCCAAGAUCACUCUUCCGACUCCCUCUAUUCCGGUUGCUGCUGGCGCUACUGCUGGCGGCUCGGCUUCUGGAUCUGGCACUGGCGCGGCUGCACCUGCAGCCGCAACUGGAAACGCUGGUACUACUACAGCUGGGACCCAAACGGACAAGCCAGCGACUGUGUGGAGCACGAACCCUCCUAAGAAUGACACAAAUAAGCCAGUCACGGAGCUUGGCAAUAUUGGCAAAGCACCAAUCGUUCCCGGGAAGGAUUCGAAGGAAAGUGGCGAGCCCAAGAGCGAGCUCACGGCACGCAUCGAACCCCCACUCAAGGUCGUGAACGGGUCACCAGACGAGAAGACGCCGUCGUCACCACCGGUCCCGCCGCCGUCGUCCAAGGUGUCCGCUGUAUCAACCGCACCAUCGACUCCCGAUCCCUCGUCGGCUGCGGGCACGGCAUCCACGGCGCCCACGACACCAGCGUCGACGACCACACCCCUUCCCGACCCGACAUCGCCUGGGAAGGCUGGGAAGAUAGUCACGUUCGCAAGCGAGCCCCUCGGCCAGACGGGCUCCGGUACGCCAGCCAAACAGGAUGGAGAGGGCUCCGGCACCCCGCCCAAGAAGGAUGGGGACAGCGACAAGGGCAAGGGCAAGGAGAAGGAUGGCAAAGCAAGCCCUGCCGCCGACGCGAAGCCCAAGGCCGACGCGGCAGAAGGCAAGACGAUCCCGCUCGCUGGCCCACCGCCGGGCUACAUUGCCUUGUACGAGCCCGUCAUCAUGCCAGACGGAACCACCGCCGUCUGGUUCCGCGGGUUCAUCCCUGCUCCCCAGCCCCCAACCCCGCCCGCCCCAGCCGCCCCGCCCUCAACCGACAAUGACAAGAACAAGGCCGACAAGGCCGACCCUAAGACUUCCCAGGCUGACGCUGGCAAGGCUGACAAGACAGCGGAUGCGAAGAAGUCCGCUGACAAGGGAACCGCGGCGGAGGGCAAGGAGAAGAAACCGGAUGACUCCAAGCCCAAGAGGCCUGACGGGCCCAAGAAGUCCGACGCCAAGGUUGACCCACCCUCGCGCCCUACCACACCGGCACCACCUGUCCAGCCCAUUGACGGCCUGCCUACUUGCGCAGCCGACGAGGCUGCCGAGAAGCCUGUCAAGCCAGGCCGCAAGCCUGUGCCUUCCGAGAAUGCGGUCGCCAACAUCGGUGGUGACAAGCCUGACGCGGGCAAGAAGCCUAAUGGCAAGCCUCCUGGUGACUCCAAGCCUCCUGGUGGUGGCAGUGCGGCCUCCGCACCGGCGCCCCACCACUGCGAGCACUGUUGCCCGAACCCUGGGCGCUCUGGUCUUGGCACUGCGCCACCAGUGACUCCUCCAUCCAAGCCCGCGGACAAGAAAGCGAAUGAGAACAAGGCCGAGGACAAAAAGACGGCGGAGGCCGAGCCAGCCGACAGCAAGCCUGUGGAGAAUAAGCCUAAGAAAUCUGAUGCUCCUGUGACACCUCCGGCUGCCUCUGUACAAACUCCUGCACCUGCACCUCCCCCUGCGCCCGCGACAAACCCUGCGCUGGCAGCUCCCACCACUGCAACCCCAGCUGCGAAACCGGCGCCGGCAGCUCCCACCACUGCAACCCCAGCUGCGAAACCGGCGCCGGCAGCUCCCACCACUGCACCUCCAGACGCGAAGCCGGCGCCUGCAGCUCCCAGCCCAAUACCACCAGCUGCGACGCCUGCGGCUGCGGCUCCUGGCCCCGCGCCGCCCGCCGAAGACAAGAACAAGGGCAAGGAUGGAGACAAGCCCAAGCAGCCCGCCGGUGGCGCUGGCGCCGCUGCCAAGCCGGCUGGCAGUGACAAGGACAAGGCGGCAGAGGAGGGGAAGAAGGACGGCGAAGCAAAGGGCAAGGGCAAGGAGGCCCUUGACGCAAGCAAGGUUGCUGCGGAGGCGCUUGCCGAAAUCAAAAAGGCUCUCGACGGCCUCAUUGGAGACCAGAAAAGUUGGAAGAAGGAGUACGAUGCCGCAGGUGCGGACAAGAAAAAGCGGCGCGAGAUCAAGGCUGCCGAGCACAAGCAGGGCGCCGAUAUGCUGGACAAAAUCCUCGCGGGUCUGGACAAGAACAAGGGCACGCAGGCAGUACUAGACGCUCUCAAGAAGAAGGGCGAGGAGGAGGCGACGUUCCUGCGCCAGUUGGCGGACCGGACGGUCGAACACGGCUCAAACCAACACAAGAACACGGUCGAAGAAGUCAAGAAGGCCGCGCGCGAGCAGGUCGCGUUCAAUCUCGCCGGCUACCUCGACAACUUCUCCCGCGUACUCGCGAACGAAGUCAAGGUGCUGCUCAAGGAGGUCGGCGACAUGCGCGAGGCGCGUCGCGGCCUCUACUAUGAGCUGGCAGACCUGCUGCUCCUCAAGGGCCGCCAGAGUGGAGGCGACCUCAUGGCCGUGGUGCCAUACCCGUCCAAGCCGCCCACCAAGCCGGGAGAGAAGAAGCAAGAGGAGAAGAAAAAGGAGGGCGGCGAGAAGAAGCCCCAAGGGCCGCCCCAGUGGAGCAACUACGUCUUCCCCACCCCGCCUGGCAUGGGUAUGGCGCCCCCAGGCGCGCGACCACUACCCAACCCGAACGCUAUGCCAGUGCCAGCUGCCGCCGGCAUUCCGGCCCCACCUGCAGGAAUGGGCUUCAACCUCGUUCCUCAACCCAUGCCGGCUGCUACUGGUGCUCCACCUCCUACUGCGCGUCCUCUGCCCAUUCCGGCCCAGAAAUAG